CGAUACGCCAUGGACCGUGUGGCACUUCUCGUACUAUUAUUUCAGGGUGCGUUGGUCGCCGCCAGUCCUGAUUAUGGAAUACCGAACAGCGUCAUCGGUACCGGCAAGCUAGUGACCGGUGUGAACGAUGCAUCCACCUACCUACAGACGCUGGCGGCUGGACAGCUGGUGUCAGCUUCCAUAACGCAAGACGUGUUCGGUUUACCACGAAUCGUGCAAAUUCUACAAGAAACAGGCAAUACCGUAUCACAGGAUGGCGACAACAUUGUGCGAGCGUUUGAAACCCUCAUCCAAAGCAGCUCGGGCGAUCCAACCGUACUGUUUGAUGCAGCUUUAAAGAGCAUCCAGGACGCGCUGAAUCACAUCACCCAACUGCUCCCGACAACCGAAUCCAACCUGUCUGCCAUCAUCGGAGGCAAUGUGCCCGAUCGACUUACGGAUAGUUUUGCGCGGAUAGAGAUCGCGUUGAGGACUCUACUGACCCAGAUUGGAACGCUAAAGUCCUCCGUCUUAGCUGCAAUCGCAGAGGCCGGAUCGCCGACAUCUAUUUCGAUGGAAAUCCUCACCAAGCACAUAACGCUUAGCAAGGUGUACAAUGUGCUACAGACCGUACGGAAUCUGCGUGCCUUUCUGCCGGUGGUACGAUACACACUCAACACCUCAAUCGAGGAAGCGGUCGAGGCUGACAAUUACCUGAAAGCGUACAACUCCAUGCUAGCUUCCUUGGAUGGCGUGGUAACGAUCGUGCUACAAUCGCUCGACGCAGCCGAGCAGAGUUUCUACGCUACGGUAAAGUCAGGCGUAAACACACUCGGGGCCGCUUAUGCCGGGAUGAAGGAAUCAACCCUAGCGCUGGGCAUAAUAACUGAAGCGCCGGACUUAGGGGCAGAGGUUGUGAGCAUGCUGAGCAAAUUUACUGUCACGCUAGAAGAUACGGAGAACGACAUUCUCUCGGUUGCCAGCGAACUGCAGAGCUAUCUGACCGCCGUCAAGGCAAUGGUUACGAUCACUGAAACGGAAGUGAUCUCCAUCACCGAAAGUAAGCUGAUCGGUGCGCUGAUCAAAACGCUUAUUUCCAGUGGACCGUACGCGCGCUUCUGCUUCAACAAGUACAGGGCGCAGGUGAGCGAUCUUGCCAACUACCUGCUCGAUGAGUCGGCCCUAUGCAUCGAACGUGAGGUGCCGCGGUUGACAAACCUAGCCGCGGCCGUACAGACCAUUCUUGACGUCAAUGCGUUCGACUUCGAGGACAUCUACGACUGGUUAACUAUAUGCGACGGAAUACAGGAACCUGCCGAUCGGGUCGCAUGUGUUGCAAGGAUUUCUCAAUCGUAUACGGCGCUGGGGGACAACUUUGCCGACAAGUACAAUCUGCUGUUCGAUCUGACAACAGUCGAGGUGGAUUCGAGCAAACAACGGGUGAAAAUCUGCAUCAGUCUAACAAGACGCUGGCUGGCGGAUGGAUACAUUCCCAACCUGCAGAAUGACAUUGAACAGUGCGCUCUGACGGGUCCAAACUAG